AUGGCGUUACACGAAAUUGGUCAUGCCCUCGGUUUUUUUCACACACAUUCAAGACAUGAUCGUGAUCAGUACAUCCUAGUCGACAAAGGUGCUGUUGAGUCUUAUGCAAUCAGACAAUUCAAUAAGGAAAAUGCGUCAAGAAACCAUAAUUACGGUGUUCCCUAUGACUACGGCAGUAUCAUGCACUACAACUCCAGACAUUUCGCAAAAGACUUAAGCGCCAAGGGCCGUCGCUCAAUGGUGCCUAUCGACGCUGGAUACGUGGACACUCUGGGGUCACCCUUUCUCUCGUUCUACGAUAAACUCAUGAUGAAUUUUCAUUACAACUGCUUUCAGAUAUGCAAAACUAAACCAACGGAGGUGGUAAAACACAGUCCGAAUAAACAACACUUUGAAGCUUUCAACAACGACGCAGCACUGAGCUCACUUGGAUCAAAAUGCGGCGAACGCUUAUGGUGCGAUGGCUUCUCCGGGCGUAAUAGCCCGCACGCCGAGCGCUUGUCGUACGGCAACGCACCUUUAGGCAGCUCCCGCUUCGGCCGCUCACCUCUCUUUGCUUCACCCUCCAGCGGACCGGGUCGCCGGGGCCGGUUGGGAAAAAAAUUCCAAAAUUCCAAAAUCUAUGGUCUUCUCUCAAGUCUUCACAGCGCCUUCGGCCGGUAUGUUGGCUUUAAAUCAGCCUCAGCCAGUUCAUAUAAGUUCAAACAGUACAACCUUAACAACUUGCAGUACAAGCACCACUACCACAACCACCACGACUAGCA